CCUAGUGCUGAGAACGAGCAUAGCGUGAAGCAGUGGGAGGGUGACACUGUGACAGCGGCCCUGAGCGGCGUCGCAGGUCGCACGCUGGUGACGUCAAAUCGCGGAAGUGCUGCUGCUGUGGAGCUCAAUCAUGCACCGGAGAGGGGUGGGAGCGGGGGCGAUAGCCAAGAAGAAGCUGGCGGAGGCUAAGUACAAGGAGCGAGGGACUGUCUUGGCGGAGGACCAGCUUGUGCAGAUGUCCAAGCAGUUAGAAAUGUUUAAAACAAACCUAGAAGAAUUUGCUAGCAAACACAAGCAAGAAAUUCGCAAGAAUCCCCAGUUCAGGGUUCAGUUUCAAGAUAUGUGUUCAACAAUUGGAGUGGAUCCUCUGGCCUCUGGUAAAGGAUUCUGGUCAGAAAUGUUGGGUGUUGGAGACUUUUAUUAUGAGCUUGGAGUACAGAUAGUUGAAGUUUGCCUGGCACUAAAACACCACAAUGGAGGUCUGAUAACGUUGGCUGAGCUCCACCAGCAGGUUUUGAAAGGAAGAGGAAAGCUCGCUCAGGAUGUUAGUCAAGAUGACAUCAUCAGGGCAAUCAAAAAAUUAAAAGUCCUCGGUAGUGGUUUCGGUAUCAUUCCUGUGGGUGGAUCUUACCUGGUGCAGUCAGUUCCUGCAGAACUGAACAUGGAUCACACAGUGGUCUUACAGCUGGCAGAGAAAAAUGGUUAUGUGACAGUCAGUGAAAUUAAAUCAAGUUUGAACUGGGAGAAAGAAAGAGCUAUACAUGUGCUGGAACAUCUACUGAAAGAAGGCUUGGCAUGGCUGGACUCACAAGCUGCAGGAGAGGCCCAGUAUUGGCUGCCAGCUCUUUUUACUGAACUUUAUUCUCAACCAAUUAUCCCAGAGGAGUCCAGAGAGGGACCUCCCUGACACCCGUGGCCAAUAAAGGAAGUCUCUACUACCUCAGACUAAUCUGUCUACAAAAAAGCCUCUGAGGGAAAGUCAUUUUAUUUUGUGUUGGGUUAUUUCUGAUUCGGACUGGAGAACUUAUAUUUAACAUGUAUUUCCUGCCUAUUAUUUAGUUCUUCUGUCCAUCAUUUCUGAAUUGUCCACUUCAACCUCAGCCAAAUAUCAGCGUCUCUCCAACUGUGUAAAGAGUACAGUGGGACAGACUGAGUUUGCAGAAUAUCUGAAGUUUUCCUUCUUGUUAUCGAGUCUCCAGGGACACACAUGCACAAAAUAAUGGGCUAUGUAUGCAAUCCAACAUGGAGUUAUGGGGCAUAUAACAGAAGUGGUUCCCAUCCGUCUGGACAAAGAGCAGAUCUUGUUUAUUAAUAUAUUAUACUUUCUACCAAUAAAGUUUUGGAAUAUUUAA